GAAGAUGAAUCAUUUUCUUAUCUUAACAGGAUAGAUCGUAACUUGCUCUCUUCCUUUUACUGAGAUCUACUGGUUACUGAUAUUAGUCAGGUCGCAAAGUGGCCUCUGCCCCUCCACCCACCAGCAGCCAUGACACUUUUUGAAAUUUAAAUUAAAUAAGUCUGGCUCCAAACAGGAAGGAAAAGGUGAACAAUUUUGGGUGACAAAAACCCCUGGCUUGAUUAAUUUUGGGUCAGGAAUUUUUAUGGUUAGUACUUGGUUUUGUGGGUAAGAAAAAUCAUAAAAUCAAAGGAAGAUGUCUGUUUUUAAUUUCUCUCUAUGACAAUUUUAGUUUUGAGAUAAAGAACUUGAACAUCAAAGACAAACUGACAUUGUUGCUGAGAACUUAUUUCGGCUGAGGAUAUCACCAAAGGAGGCUUCAGGGAUAGAACCAAAGAAAAGCAGAAGACUUUUUUUUUGGAGGGGGCACCUACUUUUAAAAGAAAAAAAUAUAUGAAAAUUUUCGUGGUGAAAAAGACAAAGACACUUUAUUUACCUGAAAACCUCUGAUUCACUGGACCAGCUCCUCGAAGCCAGCAGCAGCAAAGCUGUGGAACCUGCCUGGGAGAGGAACACUUUUAGGACAGGUGAAAUGAAUGUGAAUACUUUUUCUGCACAAUUCAAAUUCUUCAAUUCUACUUUGAAGUGAUUACUAAAUUUAGGAACAGGUUUUGGUAAAACAAAAUAUAACAUAAAAUGGUAGAGAAUAGAGGAUAAUUUUCUGUUGUCCAUGUCCCUAAUAAGUUGCCCAAAUGUUUCCAUCUAAGAUAUCUCAAAUCCUUUCAUAAGGUUUGACUCUAAGUGUCAGUGGUUGCUAUCUAUGUCAGAAGAUGAAGAUAGUUUUUUUAAAGAACAUAAAAUAUAUAAAACAAACACAUGCCAAAUAUUUUAAGUAAUUAAUUAGUGAUUGAGAGAGCUAGUAAGAUAUUCAAAAUCAAAAUCAAAUUUCACACAUAAAAGAACAGAUAAGCAUGGCUGAAAAAAAAUACAAAUAGAUGCAAAAUGGAUCUAUCUACAGAGAAAAUACCAAUUGCAUUCCGCUAAAACAAAAUUAGUUUGUAUUUGUAUAGGCAAUAAUUUUUAUUAUUAACAGUUUUAUACAACUUCUACAAUUGUAAGAUAGCUUAAAGACAAUAAAUAACAAACAUAACCCAGUCCACUAAAGAGAAGACUCAGCUUUUUUUCCUGUUUCAAAGAUUUUCACAAUUUUUCCUGACACUGGCAUAAUGAAGAAAGAUGCAAUGAGUAGAGGAAAUGAUAUUGGUUAAGUGUUUUCUUAUCCAGUAAUUAUGCAUAAGUUGUGUAUGAAUUAUUUAAUUGAAUCAAAAGAAUGAUCCAAUGAUAACACUUACACAGUAGGUUGAAUAAGGAUACUCAAAAAAUGUAUAUGAGAUCACAAAGCUUGUAAACAGCUGAUCUAAAAUUUGUACUCAGGACUGACUGGUCCCAAAUUUGUGCACUUUCUCACUACAUAUUUCAAUACAAGGUAUAUGAAAUUCUAUUUGAAUUAGAUGUGGAAUAUGGGCCUUAAUCAACAUAGAAUGACAAGGUGGAUGAUUUGGACUUGACUGAUAACCAUUUUCAGUCAUUCAGUUAAUGGGAUUAUUUGUGUUCAAUUACCUCCUGAAGACUUGGUGGUGUUACUCUUGUAUGGCAUGGAAUACCUGCACAUGUUUCAGAGAAAGUGAACCUGAGAAAGUAGAAGAGUAAACUCCCUUGACUAAAUCACAAGUUGUUCAUUUUAUUUUUUUAGAGUCAUUGAUUAAACACCCAGAGAAAUGAACAACUUCACCUCUGUGACCAUGUUCUUCCUAAUGGGGUUUUCUGAUGUUCGGGAGAUCCAGAUCUCACAUGCUGUGUUGUUUUUGCUGCUAUACCUGGCAGCUGUACUGGGGAACGUUCUCAUCAUCACUCUCACAAGCAAGGAUCAUCGGCUCCACACCCCUAUGUAUUUCUUCCUGCAGAACUUGUCCUUUCUGGAUCUCUGCCUCAUUUCCAUCACUGUUCCCAAAUCCAUCGCAAACUCUCUGGCUAAUCACACCACCAUCUCAUUUCUCGGCUGUGUUUCACAGGUAUUUUUCUUCUUCCUCUCAGCCACUACAGAAGUAUCUCUACUCACAGUGAUGUCUUAUGACCGCUACGUUGCCAUCUGCCACCCACUGAGGUAUGAAGUCAUCAUGAGCCAUGGAGCCUGUGUGCAGAUGGCAGCUUCCUCAUGGGUCAGUGGAGUUCUCAAUGCAAUUCUGCACACAGCUUCUACCUUCUCCAUACCAGUGUGUGGGUCUCCUGAAAUUCGUCAGUUCUUCUGUGAUGUUCCACAACUGCUGUCCCUCGCCUGUUCUUAUAAUACUGUGGAAUUAGUAGUCAUUGUGCUCAGCCUGGUGUUAGAUUUUGGCUGUUUUGUGUUUAUUGAUAUCUCUUACAUUCACAUCUUCUCCACUGUUCUGAGAAUCCCAUCCAGAGAAGGCAGGUCUAGAGCUUUCUCCACGUGCUUGCCUCACCUCACUGUUGUGACUCUCUUUCUCUUUUCUGGUUUUUUUGCCUAUUUACGACCUUUACCCAAAUCACCAUCACCCUUGGAUUUGCUGGUGUCGGUAUUCUAUACUAUGGUGCCGCCCAUCAUGAAUCCCGUCAUCUACAGUCUGAGAAAUAAGGAUAUGAAGAUGGCAUUAAAGAAACUUAAAGAGUGGGCAUUGCCCUUCAAAUUAGGAGAGUUAAUGCCACAUAUAUCAUGA